GGACGUUAACAAAUCCAAUCCAAUCUGCUGCACCGCGCUUGGGCAAGGGGCCAGCGAUGCCCUGUGCAGUAGAACCGUAACAUACAGCAAGGUCGUGCGGAAGGGCUGCUCAGUUUGUAACUGCUUGGCCAUCAAGGCUCAAUAGAUAGUAUGACCUGAAGCAAGGAUGACCUGACGCACGGGACGCCAUGCCUGACGUUCUGUGGGAGGCAGGUCUGGUGGAGAUCCUCCAGAACUUGUUCUUGCUGAAGACAGCCCAUUUCCUCAACGUCUUCGAGGAUGCCCUUGACAUGCUGAGUAGCGAAACGUAUGCCCUGGUUCAGGACGUCAUCGAGCGCGCUAAGGAAACCAGGGACGACUUUUGGCACGGAAUCCUUCUGAUGGAUUACAAUGUCCAGGCAACAGCUGCGGCAGGCCUGGAAGGAGGGGUUUUCCUCACUCUUGCUCAGGCCAAUGCCACGACGAAGAUCGAUGCCACUCAUCUAGUACAAGGCGACGUCCAGCUUGACCAACUUCCAAAUCUCUUGUGCAACCUCUACGUUGGAUACAUGAACAAAGCCCUCUGCAGCUGUCUCCAGCGAUGGCAGAGACACGGAGAUGUCCUUGCCCUCCUCCACCGCACCCUCAGGUCGGAAACAGAUGCGGACGACGACGUCAGCGCGCUGGCCAAAACGGUUCACGACCGAAUCAACCUAACCUGGAAGAACGGCUUCAAACAGCUCUUUGAAACCGCUGUCCAGUUCAUUGCCGACCUCGAGGAACAGGUGCAGACGGAGUUGCUCUGACAGGGCAGGUGGUGCUGCGUUGGGAAUAACAUAGCACAGACAGCAAAUACUGGAAACAUCAGCCUUUAUUAUUCCAGAUAUUGGUUAUACUUAUAAAAGGAACAAUAUACAACCUAUUAUGUACACUGAA